AUGGCCAUAGACACUGCUGAGCUAUUAGGACUGAAGAUGGAACCUUCUAAAGAUAGUUUCACUUUCGUGGAUAGCUCCCGAGUAAACUCAGCAGGCAUGAUCAAGAAUGUUAAGGUGGAGAUAGGGGAAUACAUUAUCCUUGUGGACUUUCAUGCUAUGGUUAUCAAAUCAGGCAAGACAUCUCCACUUCUUUUUGGAAGAGCCUUCAUGGCUACAGUGGGGGCAGUUUGUGAUCUUAAGAGAAAUAAGAUAUGUCUGACUAAUGUUGAUGAAACUGUCUUCUAUGAUCCCAUGGAAAAGAAGAAAAGUGAGGAGGUUAUUUCAUGCAUAGAGAUGAUUGAAGAUCCAGGACCUACAACUGAUUUCAAUCGCGAGCCCGCAAUACUAGAAUCAGUGUCGGUCGACAUUAGAAUUGCAGCAUCGGUCGACUUCCAGUCCUCAGAAUCGACCGACAAUCAGACUUCAGCAUCAGACGACUCUCAGUCUUCAAAAUUGAUCGACACGAAGCUUUCAGCAUCGGUCAACAACCUCCGACUUUCCGAACACCCGAGACUGAAAAGUCUAAGUGUGGGGGAAGGACCAAGAAAAGAAAGAAGAAAAAGAAAACGAAUGUAG